AUGGGUCAUCCUGGGUACCACUACCUUCGUAUCCGCGGUCUUUGCCACGCUCAACUCUCUCCAACUGCAAGAGCACGUUGCCCGCUGGAUCUCGGACUAUCUCACUGCGGAAACGGGCGUGACAGUCAUGUGGGUUCCAUGUUUUGGUUUGUGCUGACAGGCAGCUUCGAGUCCGCCAUCGUACCUAAGUGGGGUGCGUCGAAGAUCACCUUCCGCAAUGUCUACGUUUCGCGUCGUCCUCAAGACCCUCAAAGUGACCCGAAGUCGCACAAAACUCAGAAGGGCGACAAGUCGACGCAGCCGAGCCCGAUCCCCUACUUGUCUUCGCUGAUUCCUCCUGAUACGUAUCUCCACCCACCGAAGGCUGCAGAAGCCGACAACUACACGAUGUUUGACCUCAACUUUGACGAAAUCGACGUGACACUCAGUUUCACGCGGUGGUUGGACGGAAAGGGUCUCGUAAAGGAUGCCAAGAUCAAGGGUGUCCGUGGCGUGAUUGACCGCCGAUCUGUAUGGUGGGACACUACAAAGUCGCUUGAGCCGGCAGACUAUCGUCACCCCAGCGGCCCUGGAGACUUUGAACUCGAGAACUUCAUUAUCGAGGACUUCUUGGUCACUGUCUAUCAUCCGGGCGGCCAACGACCUUUCAACGUUUCCAUCUUCAACGCAAGGUUCAAGCCUUUCCGCAAGCGCUGGCUCUUCUACGACAUGCUCAGCGCCGAGUCUAUGACCGGCCAGUACGACAACUGCCUCUUCAGUCUGCACAUGCCGCAAAAGCUGGGCGGUCCCCAUGGAGACCACAGCGACAGCAGUCACUCCGUCAAGCGCAUGGCUCGUUUCCGCAUCGACGGGUUGCCUAUCGAGCACGCCCAGUUCGCCUCCGGAAACACCGGUGCCAUCUCCUGGAUCACAUCUGGAAAGCUGGACGCUGUGCUGGAUAUCAAGUUCCCGUUCCAUCCCGACGACGACGACGUCGACAUCAUGGCCAUCUUCGAGGAGAUUGGCCGCAACGUCGCGACGAUCACGCAUUCUGGCAUCCAUCCCGACGAUGCUGCAGGAGACCACAUGUCGGACACGAUAGCAGCCAUCGACUCGUGUGGUCCUGGGGCUCUGAUCCCCGGUCAGGCGAGGCUGGCCCGUCCCCCUCUCCGAGCUCCCGGGUCGGAUUCGGAUGAGCAGGAUGAAACCAAGCGUCAGGUUGUAAUCGACAUCGACCUGCGCUUCCGUGAUCUCAAGGCUGCAGUGCCCGUAUUCACCAGUGACCUGAGUGUCACCAACAACGCUCUCAUCCGGCCUAUUGUGGCGUUUAUCAACGCGAAUCGGACCUUGAUCCCGAUCCACUGUCAGGUGAGGGCAGAACUGAAGGACUUCGAUGGCUCCUGGACGCUAUUCGAAGCUGGUCUCAUGACCUCAAUCUCCAAUCAAAUUUACUCCGCUCUCGCUCAUCAUGUCUCGUCUGAGGCUGCCAACUCGAAACGACUCCGCCAAGUUAGUGUAUGGGGCAUUCAGCGCGGUGCUGAAGUGCUCUUGGAAGCCCUCAAGAACAUGGUUGAUCCGUUUAAUCAUCAAGUGGCCACUUUGUAG